UUAACCAACAAAAGGGAAAUCGAAUCAAAAGCUCCAGAGAGCGUCGAGAAUGGGGAGCAAGAACAAGGGAAGAACAAUGAUUGAAGUUGGAGCUGAUGGGGUUGCCGUUAUCACAAUCAUCAAUCCCCCUGUCAAUUCUCUUUCGUUUGAUGUCUUGCACAGCUUAAAAGAAAGUUACGAUGAGGCCUUACGAAGAGAUGAUGUGAAGGCCAUUGUUGUUGCAGGUGCAAAUGGAAAAUUUUCAGGUGGUUUCGAUAUUUCUUCUUUUGGUAGAAUUCAAGACGGAAAAGGGCAGCAGCCAAGGUCUGGCUAUAUAUCUGUUGAGGUUCUCACCGACACCAUCGAAGCUGCAAGAAAACCAUCAGUUGCUGCCAUCGAUGGCCUUGCCUUAGGUGGGGGUCUAGAGGUUGCCAUGGUAUGCCAUGCACGGAUAUCGACCCCUACUGCACAAUUGGGCCUGCCUGAACUUCAACUUGGAUUAAUUCCUGGCUUUGGAGGAACGCAGCGACUUCCACGGCUUGUUGGUCUGGCGAAGUCCCUCGAAAUGAUGUUGACUUCGAAGGCAGUUAAAGGCGAAGAAGCCCUUCAAUUGGGUCUUGUUGAUGCUGUUGUUUCAUCUCAAGAGUUGGUAAACACUGCACGUCGGUGGGCACUAGAUAUUUUGGCACGAAGAAAGCCAUGGGUUGCUAGCCUUUAUAAAACCGAUAAGAUCGAAUCCCUGGGUGAAGCAAGGCAAAUACUUAAUUUUGCUCGAGCACAGACUCGGAAGAGGGCUCCAAAUCUCAAGCACCCCUUGGUUUGCAUCGAUGUAAUCGAAGAGGGUAUAGUUAAUGGUCCGAAGCCCGCACUGAUGAAGGAGGUUGAAGCUUUUGAAAGACUCCUGAAAUCCGAUACCAGCAAAAGCUUGAUCCACGUCUUCUUUGCUCAGCGUGGAACAUCAAAGGUUCCCGGUAUUACUGAUCGGGGGCUGGUGCCUAGACGAGUGAAGAAAGUUGCCAUACUAGGUGGAGGUUUGAUGGGCUCGGGAAUAGCAACAGCAUUGAUUCUUAGCAAUUAUUCGGUGAUCCUGAAAGAAGUGAAUGAGAAGUUCUUGGAGACUGGGAUUGGUCGAGUUAAAGCCAAUUUGCAAAGCCGAGUUAAGAAAGGGAUAAUGACUCAAGAAAAGUUUGAGAAAACCAUCUCUCUACUUAGGGGAGUUCUUGACUUUGAAAGCUUUCGGGAUGUGGACAUAGUCAUCGAGGCAGUAAUCGAGAAUGUUUCUCUGAAGCAACAAAUUUUUGCUGAUCUUGAGAAAUAUUGCCCACCACAUUGCAUACUUGCAAGUAACACUUCCACUAUCGAUCUGAACUUGAUCGGUAAGAGUACUAAAUCCCAGGAUCGGAUUAUCGGGGCUCAUUUCUUUAGCCCGGCUCAUGUCAUGCCAUUAUUGGAAAUUGUUCGUACCGAGCAUACAUCUCCCCAAGUAAUUGUUGACUUGCUUGAUAUUGGGAAGAAAAUAAAGAAGACUCCAAUUGUUGUCGGAAAUUGCACAGGUUUUGCUGUCAACAGGAUGUUCUUCCCGUAUACGCAAGCAGGCCUUUUCCUUGUUGAAAGGGGAGCAGACGUUUACCAGAUUGACCGAGUAAUUACUAAGUUUGGAAUGCCAAUGGGUCCAUUUAGAUUGGCUGACCUUGUCGGCUUUGGUGUUGCAAUUGCCACUGGCUCACAGUUUGUUGAGAACUUUCCCGAGCGAACCUAUAAAUCAAUGCUUAUCCCAAUUAUGCAAGAGGAUAAGAGAGCAGGCGAAAGCACUCGCAAAGGGUUUUAUUUGUACGAUAAUAAACGGAAAGCUAGUCCUGAUCUCGAACUAAAGAAGUACAUUGAGAAGGCGAGGAGCAUCUCUGGUGUAGCUGUUGACCCUAAGCUUGUGAAAUUAUCGGAGAAGGACAUUGUGGAAAUGAUAUUCUUUCCGGUUGUGAAUGAGGCUUGCCGAGUUUUUGCUGAAGGUAUUACUGUGAAAGCAGCAGACCUUGACAUUGCCGCUGUUAUGGGCAUGGGAUUCCCAGCUUACAGGGGAGGAAUCAUGUUUUGGGCUGAUUCUCUUGGAUCUAAGUACAUCUAUUCAAGACUAGAGGAGUGGUCGAAUUUAUACGGAGGAUUUUUCAAGCCUUGUGCCUUCUUGGCCGAAAGAGCUGCAAAGGGUGCUCCAUUGAGUGCACCGGUGGAGAUAGGAAAAUCUAAACUAUGAAGCUGCUUUGAUUGCACUGCUUAAAGAUGGCCAUUUGAUGUUCUCUUUUUCCUGCUUCAUUCUCCAUCGAUAGAUAGGUAGAUGAACUUUCAAUAAUGUUGCUUCAGAUAAAGAAAAGAAAAGGGAGAUUUGUAACUAACGUUUCAGCAUAUGAAUCCUUUAUCAUAUUUAUUUUAAAGUAAUAUUUGGA